AACAAAUGGUAGGUCAUCUAUAACAUUGCAAAGGUGCAGUUUAGAAAAUCCUGUGUUUUUUGUUCUCAGGUCUAAUUUACCAUACAGACAUUUAACGAUUAUUUUGUUAUUUUAUUUUCCAGCAUGUAAGAAACUAUCAGUCUGUGUUAUAUUGUUGCAGAAUUUGACAUAGUGAGAUAUUCACCACAUCAAGAAAAACAAACAGUUAUUCAUGCUAAACAAAACUUGUUAGUGUGAAAUUAAUGAAGGAAUCAAAUAAAAGCAAAGCUGAUCUUUUCUUGUCUAUUUUAAUUAUUGUAAAAGGUAAAAAAAAAGAGCAUAAUUUAUCAUAGGUUUUGUCUAGUACUGUAAAUUAACAGUAGAUGGCAGUAUAAGGCAGAGAAACCAGGGUAAAGGCUAUUGGACCAGGACUAAUACUAAUUAAGGAGCUUAUUAAUAAACCAUGGCUAGGUUACUAUUUCUAAAUAUUGUAUUGUAUUAUUCACAAACAUAUUAAACUUUGUUGUUGUAUCACUGUUUCCAGAAUGGGUGCUGAAGUGAAUAUCUGAACAACUUGAAUAAUUGUGAAUUGAAACAGCUCUAUUUUCUGUGAAGAAACAUACAGUAUAACCAUAUUUCGGCAAAAGAAUCAAUGGCAUUGUGAUCUAACUGGUUGAGUGGUGGACAACACCUGGAUACGUAAACGUUAAUACAUGUAUCCAGUAUUUUAUCUCUCUGUUGGACAUUGUAUAUUAUUAUAAAGUUUGGGAGAAAAUUGGAAACUUUACGUCUGUUAAAAUCCCCCAUUAGAACAACUAGGUUUUCCCUGAAGUAGUGUUGUGUCUUAUUGUAUCUAUCAGUUAUGAACUCAGCUGUUAAAGUGUAGUCUGGUCCAGGCACAUAAACCAGGACAGCAGUGAUCUGUCUGAACUCCUGAGAGUGGAAGGACACAGUCAAGAUGUAAUAAAGUUUGGCACUGUCGGUUUCAAAAACCGUGACAUAAUCCAGUAGCUACUACUGAAAUGUUCAAAUUAACUGUUAAAUGUUUAACUGACUGAAUUUUCAGCAUGAAACAUGCAGGUUUGGUUAAUUUGACCUCUUACCUAGGCAACACAUUUUUUUGUAAAAUUCAAUCCUCUAAUGUAAAAACUUGCUCAAGGAAUACACUUAUAAAUCUUUACUGUGCAACAAACAUUUUACUCUUGCAGAGUUGGGAAAUGUUUCACAUAGAUGAAUAAUAUUAUUAUUGGUAAAUGAAUUUGUGGAAGUAAAGAUGCAUGAAAAAAUAAAUGGAACAUUAAAUAUGGUUAAAUGGAGGCCGAUUUCAGUCUGAAUAGAAAUAUUUCAAAAGCUCAACAUGAAGUGACAAAUUUAACUGCAAUCUGAAGCCUUAAGAAAUCCCCUCCCAAGAAAAACCUUCUGAUAAGCUCCUCCCUUUUAUCCAACACAGAGAUCAGCUCUGCUGCUGCAUUUCUGGUUUUUCCCGUUUCAUCUGAAAGCGUUAGUAUCAAUAGGAUCCUUGAGCUGAGCACACAAACUGCUGCAGAUCAGUAACAACUUGGUGUUUGGCUUCUUGUGAGACAUAUCUACAGAGGGAAAAGAAACUACAGACAUUCAGUGUUGUUGAGAAGUGAAAUGGCUCAAAGAGGAAAUCAGAUGGAUUCAGGAAAAUUCUCCUGUUCUGUUUGUUUGGAUGUACUGAAGGAUCCGGUGACUAUUCCCUGUGGACACAGCUACUGCAUGGACUGCAUUAAAGACCACUGGGAUGGAGAAGAUCAGAUGAAAAUCCCCAGCUGCCCUCAAUGUAGGAAAGGUUUCAUACCGAAACCUAUCCUGGUGAAAAACAUCAUGUUAUCAGAGUUGGUGGAAGAUUUGAAGAAGACUGGAUUUCACGCUGCUCCAGCUGAUCACUGUUAUGCUGGAUCUGAUGAUGUGGCCUGUGAAGUCUGUACUGGGAGGAAGAUAAAAGCUGUCAAGUCCUGUCUGGUCUGUUUGGUUUCUUAUUGUGAGAAUCACCUCAAAUCUCACUAUGAUGUCCCUGGACUGAAGAAACACAAGCUGGUGAAUCCCUCCAAGAAUCUCCAACAGAACAUCUGCUCUCGUCAUGAUGAGGUGAUGAAGAUCUUCUGUCGUACUGGUCAGCAGUGUAUCUGUUAUCUCUGCUUAAUGAAUGAACAUAAAGACCAUGAAACAGUCCCAGCUGCAGCAGAAAGGGCUGAGAAGCAGAAGGAGCUCCAGGAGAGUCGACAACAAAUCCAUCAGAAAAUCCAGGACCAAGAGAAAGAUGUGAAGCAGCUUCAACAGGAGGUGGAGGCCAUCAAUGUCUCUGCUGAUAAAGCAGUGGAGGACAGUGAGAAGAUCUUCACUGAGCUGAUCCGUCUCCUCCAGAGAAGAAGCUCUGAUGUGAAGCAGCAGAUCAGAUCCCAGCAGGAAACUGAAGUGAGUCGAGUCAAAGAUGUUCAGGAGAAGCUGGAGCAGGAGAUCACUGAGCUGAAGAGGAAAGACGCUGAGCUGGAGCAGCUCUCACACACAGAGGAUCACAUCCAGUUUCUCCUCAACUACCCCUCACUGCCAGCACUCAGUGAGUCUACACACUCAUCCAGCAUCAACAUCCAUCCUCUGAGACACUUUGAGGACGUGACAGCGGCUGUGUCAGAGCUCAGAGACAAACUACAGGACGUACUGAGAGACCCAUCAAAAAACAUAUCACUGGAAAUAAAUGAUAUGAAUGUUUUAGUACCAGAACCAAAGAGCAGAGCUGGAUUCUUAAAAUAUUCAAGAGAAAUCACUCUGGAUCCAAACACAGUACACAGUAGGCUGUUGUUAUCUGAUGGGAACAGAAAAGUAACUAGAAUGGAACAACAACAGUCUUAUCCUGAUCAUCCAGAGAGAUUCACUUAUUAUGCUCAGGUUCUGAGUAGAGAGAGUCUGACUGGACGUUGUUACUGGGAGGUGGAGUGGAGAGGAGAAGGGAAAACAACAGUUCACGUAGCAGUUUCAUACAAGAACAUCAGCAAAGCAGGAAGAUCAAGUGAAUGUUCACUUGGACUUGAUGACAAAUCUUGGGCAUUAUCUUGCAACACAAACAGUUACACAUUUUAUCACGACAACAUUGAAACUCCAGUACCAGGUCCAGUUUCCUCCAGAAUAGGAGUGUACCUGGAUCACAGAGCAGGUAUUCUGUCUUUCUACAGCAUUUCUGAAACCAUGACUCUCCUCCACAGAGUCCAGACAAGAUUCACUCAGCCUCUAUAUGCUGGAGCUUGGAUUUUAGAUGAUGGAUCCUCUGUUGACUUCAAUAAACCUAAAUAGUCAGCAUUGAUCAAAUGUCACUGUGUUUGAUAUACCUUUUAGUUUCCGAUUCCUUAGUCUCCAUCAUUGCUGCUUAGAACUCAUUGUUGCCAUUUCAGACUAAAUGUUGUUCAGAUGCAUGUACAGGUGAGCUGAUGGAAAUUGUAAUCAUCAUCAUCAUCAGUCAGGAUAUUAUUCUAUUGAAUAAAUAUUACAUUCUGGCUCAA